AUGUAUUUCUCUGCCGCCCUUCAGGCCAAGCAGGCGGUGCACUGUGAUGUGGUGAGCUCCGGGUCAGCACCAUGUAGUCCCACCCCUCCUCAGCCCACAGGUCUCAUACUCCCCACCCUGAACCUGAUGAUAAGGACCCGGGGCAACGUGACGUUGGUGAACAAGCAGGCGGUGCACUGUGAUGUGGUGAGCUCCGGGUCAGCACCAUGUAGUCCCACCCCUCCUCAGCCUACAGGUCUCAUACUCCCCACCCUGAACCUGAUGAUAAGGACCCGGGGCAACGUGACGUUGGUGAACAAGCAGGCGGUGCACUGUGAUGUGGUGAGCUCCGGGUCAGCACCAUGUAGUCCCACCCCUCCUCAGCCCACAGGUCUCAUACUCCCCACCCUGAACCUGAUGAUAAGGACCCGGGGCAACGUGACGUUGGUGAACAAGCAGGCGGUGCACUGUGAUGUGGUGAGCUCCGGGUCAGCACCAUCAGGGAGUGGUCCCACCCCUCCUCAGGCCACAGGUCUCAUACUCCCCACCCUGAACCUGAUGAUAAAGACCCGGGGCAACGUGACGUUGGUGAACAAGCAGGCGGUGCACUGUGAUGUGGGUUACAACCCAAGCCAGGUGAGGGGCGGUGAGAAAACAGUAUGUCCAUCAUCAGAAACCAACAGCGCACCCCCAAAAUCUGCCUUAUACACGGACCCCCAGGAACAGGAAAUAACAAAACCAUUGUGGGCCCGCUGCAAAAUCUUUUCUCUGAGCACUGAUUCUCGCAUUAGGAAGCAGGAGACCCAGCCCUGUGUCUUACAGGACACCCAUGUGGUCUGCUGCACCCAGAGCACGAGCUGCAGCUCCGCCCUGGAGUCGGCUUUCCAGUGCCUGGGACAUGAGCCCUUCAGUUGCAUCAUCGUUGACGUCCUUUAG